UCGAGUGAAAAAAAAAAAGAAAAAAAAACACAUAGGAGGCCAUAAGAUAAGAGGGAUAAAUGUACGCGCAAACGCUUUUUCCGUAAUUUCUUUUGUUACGCGCGUACAAUGAAAAGUAGAAGGGGCAAUGCCAUUUUUAUUCGAGAUACAACGAAGCGGCAACAUAGCAGCAGCAAGGGGAUGAGAAACGUGUAUACGACAGAGGCGGACUUGCGCAGCUCGGAGCUUAAAUUCAUAUGACAAAACAUCACUGUUGUGUGUCACCGCGAAUGAUGAAUGCAUAAUUGCGCAUCAGAUAGAAAUAAAAAAAGGGUAGAAAGCGUGCGCGAUGAGAUGCAGUUUGCGCGAAACACAGACCGCUGAGCGUAUCAUGUCGGAUCGGGAUAACGCAACCGAGCGAUCGGUUGAUGAGAAGAUAUCGAACAAAAAUUAUGCCGCGGAUGUAAAUCUUUCGAUGCAAUAUACUCGUUGGUUUUUAACGUUGUUGGGCAUUUGGCCGUAUGUAAUAUCGGACGCGUCGAGAAUCGAGAAGUUGGUCUCGAAAUUUCUCAUGCCAUUCCCAUCGGUCGUAAUAACGUUGCUCCUGAUACCACUCGUAUCGAUACCGAUUUUUCGGGAUCUCACUCCGAGUCAAUUUCUCCUUUUGCUCGCACCAUUGAGCUUCCGCGCGUCGAGCGUUCUCAAAAAUCUCAUUCUCAUAUCACGACGGGACGCAAUUAAAUUUUGUAUUCAACACAUGAAAACCGAUUGGCAAAGAAUCGAGACCGACGAGGAUCGUGAAAUAAUGAUGAAAAAUUUGCGGGUCGGACGUAAUCUAACGUUGAUAUGCGUAUUGUGUUUAUACAGCGGCACUAUAUUUUACAAUACUUUACCAUUCGUCUCACCCCGAAAAGUAAAUGCGCUAAAUCAAACCAUCAGGCCAAUCACCGUACCCGGUAUCGACAUUUACGUCGAUCUUCGCGCCGGUCACAAUUACGAAAUCGUUGUAUUUAUCAGUUGUCUUUCCAUUUUUUACGUAUCCGCUAUCAUCAGCGCAAUUUGCAAUCUUGCGGCUGUACUCGUUUGUCACGCUUGUGGACAAAUACAGAUCGUCAUGUCGAGACUGGAGCGCCUCGUUGGUCAAGAAAAUGGAAAAUAUAUCGAUCAAAAUAGCCUACAGCGAGGCAUCUCUUUUAUCAUACGAAUCCACGUUCGGGUACUGAGAUUUGCCUCGAAAAUCGACCAAGUUCUGCGAGAGUUGUGUCUCAUUGAAGUGGUCGCGGCAACUCUCAUAAUAUGUUUGGUAGCAUACAUGUUUAUAACGGAGCGAAAAAACACGAGUAUCAUGGCCUCUGUAUCAUACACGACCUUGCUGAUCUCUCUAUCUUUCAACAUAUUCAUCUUUUGCCGAAUCGGUGAGCUACUGAAGGAAAAGAGCAUAUAUGUACCAUCAUUAUCAACGAUUUUCUUGAAUGCGCUCAACACCAUGACAGUGCGAGGCUGUCGGGAAAGCAGCUUACAUGACCGAAUGGUACACGCUACCAGGCAAAACUGGACUCACUCUUGUCAUGCUCAUUACUAUGGCGCACUAUCCGCGUAGACUCACAGCUGGACGGAUAAUAGAACUCUCGAUAUCAACCUUCGGAAACAUCUUUCUAUCGAACGAACUCAUGCCACUACUCCAGUUUUCUUUUUUCUAAAGAUAAUGAGAACUUCGUUUGGCUAUUUGAACAUGCUUCGCACCAUGACCGAAUGAAGUAAAAAAUGUACUCGACGAUGAGCCACUGCGAACGAUGCUAAACUCAACGCGCGCACUAUAUUUUUGCUUUUGUUUUAUGCGCCCAAGCAUGCGGCAGAUUCAACAUGCAUCAUCAACUGUUUUACUUCUCGGCCUAUAAUCGACGAAUGGCGAACAAAUGAUCCGUAGAAAAAUAUAUGCAUGCCAACUCGUCGCGUGGUAAAAGG